AGGAAUUGGCCUCACUGUUCCAAUACUUUUGGAGGGCACUGUAUCUCAUAAGGUCUUAUUUCCCUAACCAAACAAAAGCACACACACACACACGCUUAAAGUCCUAGUCUAUGGGUGGGGGUGUAAGGGUUUAGAUAUCAUUCUUGUUUAUGACUCCGUAGUCAUUGGAAGUGAUUAGUGCUGGUAGGAUUCAUACUGUACUACCCCAACGGUGUUGAGCACUUUCUCUAGGUUCUCUGUGUCUCUGACAGCUCCUCCAGUUGUUCCCAGUGUCAGAUCUGUCCAGCCGGAACUGAGUCUCUACUGACUGCCGCUAAGGACUGCACUCCUUGUCGACCAGGCAUGCACAAGGCUGCUCAGCAGAAGAUGUGUCAGAUUUGCAGCAGCGGCUCCUUUCAAAUCCGCUGGGGACAAGAGAGCUGCAACAUCUGCCCUGAAAACAACUACUGUCCCAGUCCAGACGUGAACCCGAUCCAGUGUCCCAGCGAUGCCUUCUGCCCACCAGGGAGCACAGCGCCUGGAUACUGCAUGGAAACGUUCUUCCGCAAGGCUGGGGAGGACUGUGAGCUGGCCCCCGUCACCAUUGCCCUACUUGUGAUUGGUGGAGGGGUGGCCCUACUCUUCAUCAUUCUGGUAGUGCUGCGUCACAGGAAGGACACAGACGGAGAGCUUGCACAAGCACGAGCACCCCUGUUACGCAAGGAGCGUCCCCAGGGCCGGUACUACGGCAUGCCCUGUGAUGCCGAGCCAGUGUACGCUGGCUGGUGAACCUACCACAGGCAUUGGAUGGCUGUCUUCAUCUGCAUUUGGUAUUAAAGGCUGGAAGAGCUAACUAAGGCCCUGUGGUUUCUACGCCUCAACUGUAGGUAGCAGCACUGUUGUUGAAAGACUGACAAAGCUUAGGUUUGCACAUGAGUUAGACAUGAAUGAGAUCUGUACUUUGGUACGCUGCGGUAAGUGCGUAUCAUUGACAGGCAGAAGGAUUGUUCUGUGUUUUGUAGAAGGCUGACUCUUUUGUACACAAACACAGCAUUUCUCUGUGAACCUAGUUGAAUAGAUUUAAUGGAGGCUGACUGGAAAGGUGGAGAAGGAGUUGCAUGCCUCUGUGGACCUGUUUAAUGCAACAUGAAUAGCACUUUUCUUUUUCUUUUAUAUUUGUAAUUGUUUUUGCACUCACUUUCAUGGUACACUGGUUGGUCAAGUUAUGCUUUGAAGAUGGUUUUAAGUCGGUAAAGUCAGAUUACUGCUGUUGAAAAAAAAGUUUUGUUUUUUAUGUAUUUGAUUGAAAUGUGUCCAGAAAAACCGUUUUCUUCAUAUUAUUGUAUUUGUAUGUUUUAAAGAAAGACAGACUGAACAUGUAAAGGUACAUGCUGGAAUAAAGUGCAACCUUGUACCUUCUUCUUGUA